AUGUUCACGCUCCCUUCUUACGGGUAUGGGAUCGAUAGUGCCAAGGAUGCAGUGAGCCAGAUGAUCCCACGAAUGCGAAGCGGAAAGCCACCUUCAUUACAUUCUUCAGAUGAGGACGAGACAGACUCCAGGCGCGAGUACUACCAGGAUAAAGGAACCGGUGAAGCAUGGUACUACAACCCGUGCUAUCCCAGUGGAUACAGGGUGCGCUCUUCCUAUCAGGCAAAUAAAGCCCCGAUGACCAUGUCUUAUUAUACUAAUUGGGGAGGUACCGGGAGCUUUAAAGAGUGUCAAUAUGCAAUUACGCACCGGGAUAAAACUGCAAAAAAAAUUGGUUAUCCCUACUUUUGGAAAGAACUUGAUGGGCCAGACUUGAACAAGAUACACGGCAACAGACUAUGGGCAUUUGGGAUCUUUUAUGAUAUUAUGAGUGGCGUUGGAGAAAUAGCAACUGGGGAAGCCGCUCGUGAAUUUUUCAUUGCAGACUUUGAAAGGGUUGCGAAGGAAAUAUGUGAAAAACCCUGGAAGGAGAUUGACGCGAACUAUCCUGAGGAUACGCAACCGCGAGAAUACAACUCGGACUUGUGUUUCUCGGCCUUAUAUGCCCACUCUUAUCUCACAUUUGGGCUCGGGUUUGAUCCGCAACAGCAAAUCACGAUCGGGAACAAAUUGGAGAACAUUGAUAUUCAUUGGACCCUUGGCGCAGUUAUCCAACAUGUAUCUGAGGCGAAUUAG